AGGGGAAGGAAGGACACCAGCCAUCACCAAGAGACAGGAGACUUUAAAGUUUAAAUAGGCAGGUCUGAGUGCCUGGAAUAGGCACUUGAGUUUUAACCUCUGAAGAACUGAAAAGCUGAAGCCCUUCUCUGCUGACCGGGAAGGAAGCAGGUAGAGAAGAUGGGCGACUGGAGUGCCCUUGGUAGGCUCCUGGACAAAGUCCAAGCCUAUUCUACUGCUGGAGGCAAGGUGUGGCUCUCUGUCCUUUUCAUUUUCCGAAUCUUGCUUCUGGGGACAGCAGUGGAAUCUGCCUGGGGAGAUGAGCAGUCAGCUUUCCGAUGCAACACUCAACAACCAGGUUGUGAAAAUGUCUGCUAUGACAAAUCGUUUCCGAUAUCUCAUGUGCGUUUCUGGGUGCUGCAGUUCAUUUUUGUUUCGGUGCCAACCCUUUUGUAUUUAGCACACGUCUUCUACGUGAUGCGAAAAGAAGAGAAACUAAACAGGAAAGAGGAGGAGCUCAAGGUGGUCCAAAGCGAGGGAGUCAAUGUAGACCUGCCUCUAAAGCAGAUAGAAAUCAAGAAGUACAAGUAUGGGAUUGAAGAACAUGGCAAGGUCAAAAUGCGCGGCGGGCUGCUUCGUACUUACAUCAUCAGCAUCAUUUUCAAAUCUAUCUUUGAAGUGGCCUUUGUCAUGAUACAGUGGUACAUCUAUGGAUUCACUCUGCAAGCCAUCUACACUUGCGAACGGGUGCCAUGUCCACACAAAGUGGAUUGCUUCCUCUCUCGUCCCACAGAGAAAACCAUCUUUAUUAUCUUCAUGCUGGUAGUAUCCAUAAUAUCUCUGACUCUCAAUGUCAUUGAGAUCUUUUAUGUCACCCUCAAGAGCAUUAAAGAUCGCAUGAAGACCAAAAGCAAUCCUUUCUCUCCCAACAGUGGCUUAAGUCCCUCCAAGGACUGCGGAUCUCCGAAAUACGCCUACUUCAAUGGAUGCUCCUCUCCGACUGCCCCCUUGUCGCCCAUGUCUCCACCAGGAUACAAGCUUGUAACGGGAGAUAGGAACAAUACAUCGUCCUGUCGCAACUACAAUAAACAAGCCAGUGAACAAAACUGGGCAAACUACAGUGCCGAACAGAACAGGAUUGGACAAGCUGGGAGCACCAUUUCCAACUCACAUGCCCAGAACUUUGAAUUUAACGAUGAGCCGGAGAGCACCAAGAAAGUGGGCUCUGGCCACCACGAGCUCCAGCCUCUCACAGCGGUUGACCAGCGGCCACCAAGUCGUGCCAGCAGUCGAGCCAGCAGCAGACCACGACCCGAUGACCUGGAGAUCUAGCCCUUUGGAAUUGCCGUAGUCAGUGCGACUAUGAAAUACGAAUUGCAUUAGCACGUGGUGUUCACGUGGUUCCCACGGAGGUGUGGUACUUUAACAGUCUCAGCCAGGAGAUUUUAAUAAGCAAUAUAUAAUUAUAUAUAUAUUAAAAAAAAUGUUGAUUUUCUUUUUUUUUUCUGGUAACUGGGAAGCGGGGUGAUGUGAGGGAGAACAGCACAUACUGGUAUUUAAAGUAGCUGGUUUAAAAGAAAAUCUUAGUCAACACAACAGUAGGGGGAGUUGGUUUUUGUUUUGUUUUAGAAAUAUUAUAUGUCAGGAAAUGUAUGUCUAUAAUAUGUCGAUUUUUCUAAAAAGUUUCGUUUUUGUUAUACUAAAAAGUUACACUGAAAUAAAUUGGGGGGGGGGAAUGGUUUAGGAUGAAAUGCAGAUAUCAUUCCUUUACUGAACAACUGGCAGCCUUAAGUCAGAUAUUGAUCAUUUUUCUAUUAAGAACAUUCCUUUGCUAAAAUGUGCACUUUGGGACAAUUUCCUGGGAUGAACUUGUCAUGCAGUUAUCAUCUGUUUCCCUGGAAUCAAUCAAUUACAUUUCAGACAAGGCCCACCCAAUAUGCUUUGACCAUUUUCUUCCUGCUUCAGAUCUUUCAACCUAAGUUAACGAAUCAGUUCAAGGAUUUUUCAAUUUUAUUAAAUUUCAUUCUACCGCUACUGCAAGAUUCUACCAACUUGAAUAUAGGAUCCUACUCAAACUCUCAUUAUUUUAGCUAUGGUUGGGUGACCAUCCUGAAACUGUUUUGGAGAUGAUCAGAAAAAUCAUGGGUUGUUUGUUUUAUUCUUGCUGCUUCUCCUCCUUUUUAAAACUUGGUUUUGCCAUUUCUCUGUGAAUGCUUAGGAGGGAUAUGAAGCCAAAUUGGGAAUCAUCUAGAAAACACAAAUAGACAAUGCAAUCACAUGCAUGAUUAUUUGAAGCUGUGGUUGUAAUUAGCAAACCAACAAACUAUGAUUUCCAACUAUUAUAUUGCCCUCAAAGAUCAUACCUUAUCCUACCACAUAAUACAAAAUGGCUCAGUGUUACGUGUGGACCCUGCCAUAGCCUUCACUAAUUACUAGCUAUAAAAUGUGAAGCUGGACAAAUGAAAUUAUUUUUGUCUGAUGUGGUCAUCUACUAUGUACAAAUCUUUUCACAGUUUAAGUUCCAUCAGAAGCAGGGAGUUGGGCAAUUGUGUGGUUGGAAUCACAGCCACUAUAACUAGAGUUAUUUGUGAUUGCUGUACGAUAACUGGAGUUAUUUGUGGUUGCUAUACAAUCGCACUGAUACACCCAUAAAAUGGUUAACUAUUAUGGGUUAUUAUGGGUCACUAUCGUGUUUACAUUAAAAGAUUCCAGCAGUGCAAACAAAUCAGGUAUUCUUUUAAAGAAUUUCAAUAUUUCCAUAUAUUUUAUAGCAAGUGUAUUUCACGAAUUAAGGAUAUUUCAAGAAUCAAGUUCUGGUGGCUUUUGAAAAACUUCCAUUUGCAUUCCAGCUAGACAUUUUGCCACAAUAAAACUUGUGAGUAAAACAUCCAAAGUUGCAUAUUUCUGCAAUCAAUUAUCUUUCCUUAAAAUUAAGGAAGAAUUCUGCUUGUUUCUCCAUCUUUUUAUAAUUUAUGCUUGAAUAACAAUGAUGGUAGUACUGGGAGAAGGGAAGAUUGUUAGCCUGCCAAUAAUGUGAGAGACUUGAGGAUAAAUUACACAUCCAUAUUGUGCAGUAAUUGCAGUUAUCAUGUGAUAGCUUGAGAGGUGGAGAAAUUAAUUAACUGCACUGCAACCUCAUUGGAUGGUGUAAAUAGAUCCUUACAUAAACUGUUUUGAGCUGUAUUAAUAAUCCCUAUGACAAUUUUAAGAUAUCAAGAAUGUUACACUUGCUGUUCACUUAUAAGUUAGCUCAAUAAUAACAUGAUUCAAUUCACUUUUGAUAGUCCAUUUUUCUUAAUGACAGUUUUAAUAUUUGCACACAUUUUUGUCGGGGUGUAAGUGAGGCUGAAAGAGUACAAUUCUAAUUUAUUUGAAAUAUAUAUUAAGGAAAUAUACCAGUGUUUAUUUUCCAUUUUCAACCACAGUGCCUUUUUAGUUCAACGCAGUUCAUGCAGCUUCGGUUUCAUUUUGCAGCAACACAGAUUUAAAUGUUUAAUAUGUUUUACCAAGUUGUUUGACGUUCACUUUUAAAACUAUUGUCAAGCUCAUUGAUUGCAUGCAUACUUCCAUAGUUCAUCAAAUCACACUGUCUGGAGAACAAACCUUAGUCAAUAAAGUUUAAUUUAGUAUAA